UGCAUACUAAAAUACACAGAAGUAAAAUGAAGUUCUAGUAACAUUGUGAGUCAACUAAACGCUCCUUCUUCCUUGAUAUACAUCCUCCUUCCUUGAUAUACAUCUCUCUUGCUUUAUUCCUCUCACUUAUCAAUGUGGACACGAGUAUUUCAGGAAUAAUGCUGCUCCGUCAGAAUUUUCUCAUCAUUCUUGUGUUCUUUGGGAUGGUAUUGAGUGGGCUCGUGUACCUGAACAAUAUCCAGAGAAGCUGCAAUCAGCAGAUAAUAGAGCAAGUCGUCAUCAAGCCAAAAUGGAAGCAAAAGACCUUUGGAUUGCAGUCAUCGCCAGGCUUGUUGUACAACCAGCCGAGUGUGUUGGUAGGAAGUCGGGCGGAUGUUGCUUCUGUAUCAUGGUUAGCUCCAAUCAUUUGGGAGGGAACCUUUAACCCCAUACUGAUCGACUCUAUCUACAAACAACACAAUCUCACCAUAGCAACCACAGUCUUCGCUUUGGGAAAAUACACACGUUUUGUUAAAGAUUUUCUGGAGUCAGCAGAACAGCAUUACUUUGUUGGAUUUCGAGUGCAUUACUACUUGUUUACAGAUCAACCAGAAUCGAUUCCUGAGGUGAAGAUGGGUGAAAACCGUAAUUUGACAGUUCUAAAGAUCCAGAGUUUGAACAGAUGGCAGGACAUCAGUAUGAGCAGGAUGGAAAAACUGGAAAAACUAAUAGAGAAUGAACUGGCCAACGAGGCUGACUAUAUUUUCUGCCUUGACAUAGAUACAAAGUUCUAUGGCCGUUGGGGUGUGGAGUCUUUGGGUCGUCUGGUAGGUGUGAUUCAUCCUUGGUUGUUUGACGCUCCAAGGGAUCGAUUCACAUAUGAGCGUAGACCAGAGUCUCAAGCAUACAUUCCAGCUGGGGAAGGUGAUUUUUAUUAUGCUGGUGCUGCAUUUGGUGGCUCAUUAGAAGAUGUACAUCAACUCACCAAAACCUGCAGGGAGAAGCUGCUCAUUGAUGCUGCAAACUCCAUUGAGGCAGUAUGGCAAGAGGAGUCUCACUUGAACAAGUAUUUCCUUUUGAACAAACCUAGUAAACUGCUCUCUCCUGAAUAUAUGUGGAGGGACAUCAAUGAAAAAGCAGCCCAAAUAAAAGUAAUUCGCUUCUCUAAUGUAGCUAAAAACUACUCUGAAGUUCGUCCAAACCCAUAGCAACUGUUGCCACUAUUUAACUAAAGUGACAUGGUUUUUUUCUCACAGGCCUUCCAUAAGACAUUGUGAAUCUGUUAAUAUGUAAUACUGGCAAUAAGGAAGUCGACAUCUGCCACCAAGAAAUGGAUAAUAACAGACAUAUGUGUCAGUACAAUGUGUACAAGAAAGAUGUUUGAGUACAAUGUGGCAUCAGAAACAAUAUAUGGCAAAAAAAUGUUUGAAUAAACACACAAAAUGAA